AUGCGCAUCUCCAUACCGUCGCUUCCACUAAAUAAGCACUUGGGACCUACGGUAGUUGAGUUAAAUAAUGCAGCUGAGAAACUUAGGAGCCAUCUUGAAGGAAAUAGACGCGUCCUUGCAAUAACAGGUGCGGGUGUUUCUGUCGACAGCGGGAUUUCAUCGUAUCGCGGUGAAAAUGGACUGUACACCCAGCCAAAUGCAACGCACCUGAUACUUGCAAAGCUACAGAAAGCCGGGUUUAUAGACAAACUUAUCACACAAAAUGUGGAUCGGCUACAUCAUGUUGCUGGUAUGACUGUUAUGGAUUACGUCAAUUCGAUAUAUGAAUUACACGGUUCAUUGAGUGAAGUCCGAUGUGUAUCAAGAGGCGACUCAAAGCAAUCGAAAAAUGAAAAGCAGUGGUGGAAUCAAACUGCGACCACUUCUUUUGGACGCAUUGAUCGAUAUUAUCCCGAACAGAUGGCAAAGACAGACGCGCAUCAAGGAUGUGGCUUUCUAUUGUCACGCGAUGUUCUACAAGACAAGUUAACUGAGCUUAAUCCCGAUUGUCGCCACACACUCGGCCUACCGACUUGUACGUGA